GAUUUUUGUUUUUAUUGAAGAAACUUUUAUUCUUUUAAAAAUUCGAUGUCCAUAAAAACAAAAUCGAACUGACAAACCAUUAGUAGAAAAAGGGUGUUGUGUUUCAGCUCUGCAAUUUCUUGCUUCAGGAGACGACGAAGUAACUUCAACACUCAAAAAGAUUCUGAAAAUGGCGGAAGAAGGUUUAUUAGCUUGUCCAGAUAAAUCAUCAUCCACUUCACUUCUGUCUGAAAUAUCAAAUGUCUCCACGAGACCUUUUGUUCUUGCCUUCACUGCAUGUUCUUGCGGUGCCUUUUCCUUUGGUUGCAUUGUUGGAUAUACGGCUCCCACACAGUCCAGUAUCAUGAAAGACUUGAAUCUAUCGAUAGCUGAUUAUUCACUUUUUGGAUCGAUAUUGACUGUUGGACUAAUUCUUGGAGCAUUAAUCUGUGGGAAAUUAACAGAUUUGGUUGGUCGUGUCAACACAAUGUGGAUUACUAACAUCCUUGUCAUAAUUGGCUGGUUCGCCAUUGCAUUUGCCAAGGGUGUUUGGCUGCUCGAUAUUGGAAGGUUUUUGCAAGGGAUCUCAGUCGGCAUCAGCUCAUAUUUGGGACCGGUUUACAUCACCGAGAUAGCACCAAGACAUUUGCGAGGAGCUGCUUCUUCCUUGUCUCAGUUAUCUGUUGGCGUUGGUAUAUCCGUCUUGUAUGCACUUGGAACAGUCGUUGCUUGGCGCGAUUUAGCUAUUUUAGGAGCUAUACCUUGUCUUAUGAUUGUGCCUCUUCUUUUCUUCAUCCCUGAAUCUCCUAGAUGGCUAGCCAAAGUAGGAAAGGAAAAGGAGGUCGAGGCCGUUUUGUUAAGCCUACGAGGAGCCAAAUCGGAUGUAUCAGAUGAAGCAAGAGAGAUAGUAGAAUAUACACAACAUGUUAAACAACACCAAGACGUCAAUAGCCAUGAUUUCUUCAAGCUGUUUCAGAGAAAAUACGUGUUGUCACUUACUAUUGGUAUAGUUCUUAUAGCUCUGCCUCAACUUGGAGGUCUUAAUGGUUAUACAUUUUACACUGACUCCAUAUUCACCUCUACUGGUGUAUCCAGUGACGUUGGAUUCAUAUCAACAUCAAUCAUUCAGAUGAUUGGGGGCAUUUUAGGUACUGUGCUUGUGGAUGUAUCCGGAAGACGUUCCCUCCUACUGGUUUCUCAAGCUGGAAUGUUCUUGGGGUGUCUUGCAACGGCCAUUUCAUUCAUCUUGCAGGCAUGCUCAGUAUACUCUACUAUAAACCGAUGGUUUUGUUUCAGUUUUGAUUGUAAUUUCUCUUGUUUUGUUACUUUGCAGAAGAACAAUUGCUGGGAAACAGGAACACCUAUCUUGGCUCUCAUUAGUGUUAUGGUAUAUUUUGCAUCAUACGGAUUAGGCAUGGGACCGCUACCAUGGAUUGUGGCAUCAGAGAUUUAUCCAGUAGAUGUUAAGGGAGCGGCAGGAACAGUGUGUAACUUGGUCACCUCUAUAAGCUCAUGGGUCGUAACUUACUUCUUCAGUUUCUUGCUUCAGUGGAGUUCUACAGGAACAUUUAUCCUCUUUGCCACAGUGAUGUUCCUUGGAUUUGUUUUCACAGCCAAGCUCGUUCCAGAGACCAAAGGCAAAUCUUUAGAAGAGAUUCAUUCUCUGUUCUAUGAUUCACCUCCUGAAGAUUCUACAAUAUUCUAAGAAAUAAAAUAAAAUUAAGACUACCUUUGAAAAACUUUACCUCAAGCUAGCUGUAUCAAGUUUAAUAAGUGUUUGUUGAUAUGGCCAUAGUGAGUUGAUUGAUGGCUUGGAUUUGGCCAAAGUGUAUGGAUACUCGUUCCUAAGAUCCUGAACUCGUAGAACUUUUGUAUGCAUCAUCUUCAUCUUCCUCUAUAAGUGCAUGUACUCUCUCUUCGCUUA